CCAAGGCUGACCAUUAGUGCAGUUCCUCAAGUUAGUUGGAACACCUGUCUGUCUGUCUGUCUGUCUGUCCGUCUGUCUUCCAAUCUGUCUGACAUUUUGGCUGCCAUGUUGGCUCAAGUCCUCCUGAAGACGUCACUGCUGCUGUGGCUGGUGCAGCUCACCUUACAAGGAGGUGUCGUUCGUCAAGCUGCAGUGGUGGGGAGACUGAGCCCAGGACGAGGUCCUGGUUUUGCUGGUGCUGGUCUCGGUGCUGCUGGUCUCGGUGGUGCUGGUUUUGCUGGUGCUGGUCUCGGUGCUGCAGGUCUCGGCGGUGCAGGUCUCGGCGGUGCUGGUCUCGGUGGUGCUGGUUUUGCUGGUGCUGGUCUCGGUGGUGCUGGCUUAGGUGCCUCUGUUGGAAAGCCUGGAGGAGCUGGAGUUCUGGGAAGCCGUAGCUAUGCUGGAGGAAAGCCUGGAAAAGCCACAGCCGGAAGUAAUGUUGGAGGGUUAGGAAUCAUUCUUAGAGGAGGACUGAAGCAAGGAUACGGAGCAGCUCUGGGAGGAUACGGUACCGGUCUUGGAGCGGGUCUGGGAGCCGGGAAUGGCCUGGGAGCACGAGGAUACACUAACGGCUACAGGUUUCAACCAGGUUAUGGUGCUGGUGGUUAUCCCGGUGCUGGACGUGGCGCUGCAGGAGGAGGCACACCUACAGGAAGGGGCACUAAAGCCUCCAAACCGGGAUAUGGGGCAGGACAGGUCUCACCUGCUGGAGCAGCGUAUACCGGCAACGGACUCGGAGCAGGAUUGAGCAGGUCCAACGGACAGGUCGCAAAGCCAUGUAAUGCUGGUAAUGGGGGUGCAGGAGGAUUGCCUAUUGUACAGAAACCGAAAGGGAACGGAAUUGGUCUGACUCCAGGAGUACCAAAUGGACACGGUGCUCUGAGUAACGGGUUUCGUCCCGGAGCAGGAGCAGGACGUGAUGGGAAAGGAAUGAAAGGAAAUGGUUACGGCCCACAGGCAGUCUCUAAUGGUGCGUCUUAUGGACGUAGUGGAGUGUCUAAUGGAGCUAACGGUAACGGAGGAGCUGUAUCCCGUGGAAACGGUGCCAUAACGUCUAAAACUGGAGGAUACGGUGUUGGCCCCGGAGUAUAUCCUGGAGCAGGAUUGACUAAUGGCUAUGGAGUGGGUCUCGGAGCAGGUUCAUACCCGCAAGCUGGUCGAGGCGGCAAACAGACCGGCUUCGGCAGUGUAUAUGGCAUUAAUGGAUAUGGCGAUGGCUAUGGAGCUGGUUUGGGAGGUUAUGGAGGUUAUGGAGGUCCAGGUCUGGGACUGACCGCUGGACUUGGUGCUGGACUCGGAGGCGGACUUGGUGCUGGACUCAGAGGCGGACUUGGUGCUGGACUCGGAGGCGGACUUGGUGCUGGACUCGGAGGUGGACUUGGAGGUGGACUUGGUGGUGGACUUGGUGCUGGACUCGGAGGUGGACUCGGAGGUGGACUCGGUGUCGGACUUGGCGCUGGUCUGACCUCUGAUGCCAAAACUGCAAAAUAUGGUGGCGCUAGUGCAGGUGCAGGUGCAGGUGUGGGUUUGGGGGCAGGUGCGGUGAUCGGCACUGCUGCAGGUCAGCCUGUGGUUUCUGCUGGUCUGGGCACUGCAGGGAAAGCAGGAGGCUAUGGUGGACCUUCUUAUGUGGGACAGCCAGGUGGCCUGGGAGCUGACAGUGGCCUUGAUGGAGGAGCUGGUCAGGUUCCCUACAACAGUGGCCUGGAUGGUGAUAAUGGUUAUCCGUAUGAAACUCAGCAGCUCAGUCUCAGAGGUAACGGAGGCAAUGGAGGCCAACUGGCAUACGGUUAUGGAGCAGCCGGAGAUCAAGGUCCAUACGGAGCUGGAGGAAAAAACGGAGGCAAAAAUGGCAGAGCCGGUUACUACGGUAACGGCAUCAAAGGCUAAUCUCCAGAUGUCUGAGGUGUGACCCAGCAUGUGAUGUUCUGUGUGUGUUCUUUUUUUUUCUUCAUCCUUCCACGUGUUCUUCAUCCAUGGGCAUCUUCGUGAGCUUUCAGUUGUUGUAUGCCUGUUACUGUAAAUCUGGUGCUUUUUUUUUGUUGUUGUCCAUCUCCUACUGUGUCCCUGUGUUUCUCUGUACGUGUUGUGAUGUGUUUUGUGUUUCUUGUUUGUUUGUUUGUUUGUUUGUUUGGGGGUGGGGUUGAAGGUUUUGUCUCCUGUCCUCUCCCCUUUUGUCUCUGUAUCUUAAAACUAAAACCUCUUGAGCACUUCA